AACAGUAGCAGUUAUAUAUAACAUAGACAUUUAACUGCACCUAUCCAUGUUUCUAUACAAUACAAACCUGUUUUAUCUACCUUUUAUUUUAUAUAUCAAUUGAUUUAUUGAAUAUUGAACACUGAGCUAUUUCAAUGUUUUAAAAAUAAACAUGUAUUAGGAAGUGAUAUGAAUUAUGUCUUAAACACUUUAAUGUAUUUAACGACUGGACCUUUGCCAUAAACGAGAGAACGAGAUUGAAUUUUGGUGACAGCUAGUUAGGAUAUUAUUAGCUUCCAUAAAGUCGGUUGAUGUAAUUGCAUGCGAAUACUUAUGAUUACAUAAUUUAGAUAGCAAUAUACCGUGUGUAUAAUCACAAGAAGAGUUUUACUUGAAAAUGAAUUAUGUUAGGAAUAUGAUUAUAACUCUUUCGAUAUGUAUCGAACUAACUGGUGGUUUCUUUGCAAGAUCAUCUCGGGACGGAAACUGGAGGACGAAAAGCCACUUAGACAUAACAGCAACGGGAACAGUCAGAGCGAUUAGCAAGUAUAUCAACGCCAAUAAAGGAGUCGGAUCUAUAGAAGAUUUCUUUCGUGAUGAUCCAAAUGGCCAGCAAACAAUGAUGCAGAAAGUCCACGCAUUGAGAUCGGCAGUUGCCGAAACACAGAAGAAAAAGAAGGAUGCAGCUUAUAUUCACUGUCAAGCCGAUCAAAUCUUUCUCGCGCAUAACUUCGUGAAAUCUUGUAAACAGAAAUUGAUUACGCGAAAGGAUGACCAUGACGAAUUAAUUACACAGCUUGGUGAAUGCCUCUAUACUAUACAAUCAUUCUAUAGUAAUACGAACUGGGUGGAAAUGUAUGGAGUUGUUGCAUAUGAAGAUUUUGGAAUAAAUGAUUUAAUGGACGUAGCGGCCUUGGAAGAAGACACCUGUAUAGAUAAUGCGGAUUACAAUUCUGAAUGUAAGAACAACAUUAGAGUGAACGGUAAACUGACCAGUGGAUACCAUCACGGAAGAGGCAAUACCAAACCUGCAAAGGCAAUUGGAUCAUCAACUGGUAAAUGUAGUCAUGGAGGUCCUGACGAUGACAGCAGAAAGCUUGUGGCCAGAUGUGGCAUCAAUAAGGAUUCCAUUACCCCUGAAUGGUCACCACAUUCUCAUUUACACAAACAGGCAUAUACGGCCGCUGUCCAGGCUACAGAGAACUUCCUUGUUGCUAAUGGAACUGGAGUGUUAUACACAAUUGGACCUACAUUAUUUGAAGAUGUAUUUCAUGUUAAAAGACGGAAGGACAUGACUCUAGCUAUGGCAAUAGACUAUACUGGUUCUAUGGCAGAUGAUAUUGACGCUGUCAAAACAAAGGUGAUAGAACUAUUAACAAAUACUGUAGGAUCUUCCAAUGAACCUGCUGAUUAUGUUCUAUCUUUGUUUCAUGAUCCAGAAAGCUGGAAUGCCGCCUAUAAGUACGAAGAUGGGUAUAAAAUGAUUAACAAAGUUCAAACAAUCGAAUCAGUUGCUGGUUUUAAUACAGACUGUGCUGAAUACGCAGCAGCAGGGAUGUUAGGAGCAAUUGAAUUGAUGAGAGAUAACUCGCCUCUAUUUGUGUUUACGGAUGCAGAUGCAAAAGAUGAUGACCGCAUUCAAGAAGUCAUAAUGGCAGCCAAAGUAAAGAAUAUCUCAGUUUCGUCAUUAUUAACAAGUCAGUGUACUCGCAGAAAACGAUCAGCAUUAGGUCGUCCUGAACGGUCUGCAUCUUCAUUGUCAUUUUUCCAACAAAUAGCUGAAGCAACAGGUGGAAGUGUACAUGAAACAGACAAAGAAAACAUUGGAAAUGUCCUAGACACUGUAAUAGGGGAAACAUUUCCGUCUAGUGAAAUAACAAUAGACUCGUUUGACUGGUCGGCCGCUGAAACUGAUGACCAAAAUAUUACCGUUGAUAGUACGAUCACAGUGCUCAAGAUAAGUGUUACUGGGUCAUCUGCAGAAACAGAUGUAGAUAUAUAUUAUGCUAAUGGUACAUUGGAGACAUACACAUCUGGAAAGUCAACACGAAUAUAUACCUCAUCAGGCGAAACCAUUAUAUCAAUCCAGCAUCCUCCAAGUAGUAUCAUGAAACUAAAAAGGAAUGUAAUCAACGACUGGAAGGUGAAUAUUACAGCACAGAGUUCUAUCAAGGUUGACGGUGAACUUUUGGAACAUUCAAAGACUGGUGAGAUGUUUUCUCUGAAAGGCAGUCCAAUUUCGGAUACCAACUAUACUGUUGCUUUGUCUGUGUAUAGCUUUGGAUCAAAUGGCACAUGUCACACCAUUGCAUUGACCGAUAGUAUCGGAAAUAUUAUGUCGUCACACGAGGCUUCACAGUUGCAACGAGAUCUCGAUACGUUGUGUGCUGCAACGUUUAGAACGCCAUAUGUUAAAUUCCAAGUUAAACUACAUGGAAACGACGAUAGUGGAAGACCAUUCACAAGGAAGCUCUCGGAACUACACAAACCUGCAAGCGUUGAACUAACUAUUACAGCAUCAAGUGAUGAUAUUAUAAUUGGAAAAGAAAGGCUAAUUGGUUAUGAAGUUAUAAAUCGCGGUACUGUGACAGAGACGUAUCAAGUGUUAAUAUCAGACGACCAUUCAUUUACCCAAGGAAUCACAGUUGUACAGUAUACUCUGCAUCCUAAGGAUGGUACAAAUGGAACCUUUGCUGUUAAACCUACCACGCCCUCUGUUAUAUUCUCGUAUACGAUAUCAGUUUCAAUUGUAUCAACUGGAGAUGUUCAACAGAGUAUAAGCAGGAAACUUGUGGUAACAGAUGUUGAGAGACCUGAUUGUACUGUUGUACAUAUGGAUGGAAUAUGUGGCAUAUCGUCGCUAAAUACAGCUAAUUGUUCGUUAUAUACAUGGACCGCUUUAGCUGAAGUGACAUUUUCAGGGACACUAUUAGAAAGUAUAUCAUCCACAGUUGGAAUGUCCGUUAAAAUGACUCAUGUUAAUAUAACAGGAUUAUCUACUGGACCAUUAGCUGUUAACAUCAGUGGUGACUGUUGUACGCCAUCGUUAUACAUAAAUGUGAUCGAUGUUGAUAGUUUUAUAUCUCAGUGUGAUCUAUCUUUUGGUGAUGGACAGUCAGUUCAGUCAGUAGAAGUUGUGUCUGAACCUUCUGGGUCAUCGGGUACAGAUAUCUUCACAAUCGUUAUUAUAUUGACAGUUUGCGUAACAGUUGUUAUAAUUGUAUUAAUUAGCGCAUUUGUUUUGCGCAUGCACCAAAUUAAGUCGAAAGAUGCAUUAUAUAGAUCUAAAGCCAUCCCAGAUACUACAAGGAAAGAAAAAUUCAACGCUGAAAUGAUUUAUAAAAAACAAGGAUUAUCUCAUUGAAGAAUGAUUGAAUAAAAAAAUUCCUUGUCGUAUAUAAGCUGACAUAAACUGUAAUAGUAAUUAAUGUGAUAAUGUUUAAUGCCAAUUUUAAGCUUACUUUUUGAAACACAGCAGUAGUAUUGAACUACUGUAAAUUAAGAAAUAAUUGCGAGUGUUUUAUUAUUGCGAAUAAUGCGACUGGUGGGUAUAACAGUAAUAAGAACUUGAAUUCUGAAAUCUGUAUGCAGAUUUUACUGAGAUCGCAAUAAUUAAUCUCGCAUUUUUGUCUAUUCUUCAAAAUUCGCAAUUAUAAAUGCACGCACCAAUUUCUAAAUUUGCAGUAUUCCCACAUUACAGUCAUUUGUCUCAGAUUUCCAACUUUUUUUAAUGUUAAUUUACAUAUGUGUUAAUUGAAAUAUAUCUUUCGACUAAAGUUUUGAAUAUUUUAUUCAAGAGACUGGCGUAACCUAUAUGUCUAAAGUCUACAAUCUAAAUUAACUGUGAUAUUGUAUUGUGCCAAAUUAUAUUUACAUAUUUAUUCCAUGUAUAUUCUUUCUUCAGUAUAAUUUACAAAGUAUAUACGUUUCAAAAGCAUUA